AUGGCCGACAAACUGCGCACCCUUCAGAACCUCGAGGCCAUGCAGGCCCGCUAUGUCGGCACGGGCCACGCCGACACCACCAAGUACGAAUGGGUCUCCAAUAUUGUCCGCGACAGUUACGCCUCGUACGUCGGCCACCCCCCGCUUCUGUCCUACAUGGCUGUCGGAAUGGGCGAGCCCAAGGAGAAGGUUCGCGCGGCGAUGAUCGAGAAGAUGGUUCGUGGGGCUGGGAAUCCGCCAGAGACGCAGGAAUAA